CAACCAGCGAUCGCCGCCGCGUAACGCUAGGGCCAUGGCGGAGCGCCUGCUGCUGCGGGCGCGGCGGGGCGGUCGUGGGACCCGCUCGGUGUCGCUCCGCGGGAGGCGGCUGCAGCGCGUACCCCGGGGCCUGGCGAGCCUCCCGGGGCUGCGGGCCCUGAGCCUGCGCGACAACGAGCUGCGCUGUCUGCCCGUCGAGCUGGGCGGCCUGAGCCGGUUGACGGAACUAAAUUUGGGAAACAAUAUCUUUGAGGAAGUUCCAGAACAGCUGAAAUAUCUCAGUUCACUGGAAAAGCUUCACUUGUUUGGAAAUAAAAUUACUACAAUAUCACCCACAAUAUUUGAUGGAUUAGAAAAAUUGAUAUUUCUCAAUCUGAACAACAACAAGCUUAAAUAUCUUCCUCCGGAAAUACACAGGUUAGAAAAUCUUGAAAACAUGAAUUUAAACAAUAACGAGCUAGAAAGUAUUCCCAAAGAGCUAUGUUCCUUGCAAAAGCUCUCUGAACUCCAUCUAUCCCACAAUUGUCUCAUCACAAUACCUGAAGAGAUUGGAUACAUGACGAAUCUCAGAAUGCUGUGCCUGUCAAGAAACCAAAUAGGAGUGCUCCCUGACGGCCUUUGCAAAUUGAGAAAACUAAGAAUUCUAGAUGUAGCAGGGAACAAAAUUCAGAUUUUCCCAAUAGCAAUGGAGGACCUUAUGCUGAUGGAACUUUACUGUGAAGAUAAUCCGUUGCUCCAGAAACAGCCUGUUUCUGCCAUUCAAGAGGAAGAAGUUUGGUCUCUUAAGGAAAUAGCGGCAAGACUUAUUUUCAGUCAGUUAACCAAAGAGGACUCCAUUCUACAUACUGCAGUAAAACAGAAUUUGGAGGCAUGCAAUAUACUUUCCAAAAAACAAGAGUGUGCUCAGUGUGGGCAAGGAUUCCUGAAUAUAUGGCUGGAAUGUGUACGUUUUGUGAAUGUCAGACAGAAAAUGAAGAUAAGCAGAAACGUGCACCUCUUGCCUGUAAGGACGUUGCUGUGCUCUUACAAAUGCUUUAACCAUCCUGGCCAUGGAUUCUUUGGAAUUGCUGUACCAUAGAGCAAGCAAGGAAUUCACUCAGUACAUCAAUCAGAUUGCCCUCUUUGGCAUUGUUUAGCCUUACUCGAGAGCUAGUUCUUAGAAUUCAAUAUAGAGUCUGUUCUCAGUGUAAAAUAUACGGUAUAUUAUGGAGAGAUAAUGAGUUACAAAGAAAUGAUCUCCAUAUACAUAAUUAUUCCGCACAACUGUGUGAUGCUGAUGUUUUUUGGCAGACUUAACACAGCUUCUAAAAGUGGAUGAAUUAAACCAAUGACAUUGUUUAAAUAUGAUGCAGAGUUUUAUAGUGUAAAUUGUAAACAGACAUUGUAUUGUGGCUUCUUUGACAGAUGUCUUAUGUUCUAAUGUGAAAUUAUUAUGAAAAUUUGUUUUUUCUGAGAAUUUAGGAUCAAAUUUUAAAGCUUCAAAGAAAUAUAUGGAGACGUGUCAAA